CUUUUUCAAUAUUCUCUACAAAUAAAUCUAAGAAUAUAUAUCGAGUGAUCGAGAAUGGAGUGUACGGGAAAGCAGACAAGUCACGAUCAUAAGCACAGGAUUGAGGAAGAAGAUGAAGCAAUCACGUAUGCUGGCGUGUUAAGUAGCUCUUUCAUUUUACCAAUGGUGUUGAAUGCCUGCAUAGAGCUCAACGUGCUUGAGAUCAUUAACAAAGCAGGCCCUGAUGCUCAACUCCCGCCCUCUGCUAUCGCUUCUCACCUUCCAACCGGCCGCAAUCCUGAUGCGCCAUUUGUGCUUGACCGCAUGCUGCAUCUCCUUGCUAGCUACUCUCUUCUCACUUGCUCUGUCCACACUCUCGAGGAUGGCAAGGUUCAGAGACGUUACGGCCUCACGCUUGCCGGAAAGUGUUUUAUUAGAAGCGUAGAUAGAGGGUCACUCGCCCCGUUUUCACUCCUCUCUCGCUGCCAGGCUAUCACGAAUAUGGGUUUCCACUUGAAGGACGCGGUGCUUGAAGGUGGCUUUACAUUCGAGAAAGCCCAUGGAAUGUCGAUCUAUCAGUACAACAGUGUAAAAGAUCCUACAUUCGGAGAGGCUUUUGAUGAGGCAAUGGCUCAACACUCCACCCUUAUCACGAAACAAAUUCUCAAAAAAUACAAGGGUUUUGAGGGCCUAUCAUCAUUAGUUGAUGUUGGUGGUGGAAUCGGCACUACCCUCAACUUGAUCAUCUCUCAGUACCCUUCCAUUAAGGGCAUUAACUUCGAUGUGUCUGAAGUAUUAAGGAAUGCCCGAUCUUAUAAUGGCAUAGAGCACGUUGCGGGCAAUGUGUUUGAAGAAGUUCCAAAAGGCGGUGCCAUAAUGUUGAAGCAAAUAAUUCAUAACUGGGAAGAUGAGGAAUGCUUGAAAAUACUAAGGAAUUGCUACAAAGCGGUGCCGGAGAAGGGAAAGGUAAUUGUGAUUGAUCCAUUUGUGCCUGUGGCUCCUGAGACAACCCUCUUGGGUAGGUUUGCUUCCCAGUAUGACAAUCUUAUGUUUUGUGAGCUUGGAGGAAAGGAGAGGACGGAGAAUGAGUUCAAGGCCUUGGCAAUAGCAGCUGGGUUUUCACAGUCCCGAGUUGCGUGCUCUGCUUGUGGUUAUUGGGUGCUGGAGUUGAAGAAAUAAGUACUCAAUAUAUAUAUACGUACUCCUUCACUAUCUUUGGGAACAUGAAAAUAAGUGCAUGCGGUAGAAGUAAAAAUACAAUUAUUCCAGAACGUGUAAUGUGUUUGAUAAGUCCCACAUAAAUAAAAAAGAAGUUUAUUUUACAAUUUAGCUACACGUGUUAGGAUGUAAUUGAGACUUUUAAAUAAAAAUAAGGUGGUUAAGUGAUGAAUUUUCUUU